AUGACUUUCGACCUGAAAACGAUGGCAAAGUUCGGACUCUCAUUCUACGACGACGAGCUUAAAGAUAACGAUUUGCUGCACUUGGCAGAGGAUGUCUCCGCUAGCAAUGAGUUACAUCUGCCAACAAUGGUUUCGAUCAGCUUUGUGGAGUCAACUGAAGAUCCUAAAGAAGUCGCAAUAACGGAAGUCGAAGGCACUGCUGUGCCCUCAUUACCCUCGUUGAUGACAAUAGAUCAAUCCGAUAACGAGCAAAGCCGCUCUCCGUCACCAGCAUCUUCGGAAGCUUCGUCAGAAUCAUCAGGAGAAAUCGUCGAUUCAGCAAUCGACGCAGCCAACCCCCAGGCUCAAGUUAAAAAGGCACGUGGCAGAAAGAUCACGUUGCCACGUGGUGCGGUCAUCCCGGGAGAAUUCUACUGCGACAAGUGCAAAAGGAACUUCCGAAGCCAGCGAGGCCUCCGGCAGCAUGCCAACACCCAUCACACAGGGAUCAAGGCUCACGGUUGUGAGAUUUGCGGCAAGCGGUUCGACCUGUUGGAAGAGAUGGAGAAGCAUCGGGAGCGACAUUCGACGGAGAAUAAACCGUUUGCCUGCAGAGUCGAUGGGUGUCCUAAGCGGUUUAUGCACGAGUUCGACAUGGAACGGCAUCUGGCGCUGAAACACGGGAAAGCUCCCCAUGGUUGUGAUAUUUGCAGCAAAGUGUUUGGACGCAAGGAUCACCUCGAGAAGCAUAAGCUGAGUCAUCAGUUCAACACAGUUAAGAAGAUCAAGAAUUGA